AUUAACAUUUAUUUUUCCUUGUACAUAGACUGGUAUAUAAGAAAAGAUUGUAAAAUAAAGAUUACACAAACAGGUUUUUAAUAAUAUUGGAUUGUACAUUUAUUUCUAUUUAUUAUAUUCACAGUUUACUUAUAAAGUUUAAAAGAAGGAAGAUGAUAUAAAGGCAAAGAAAAAAUAUUCUAUUUAAUUCCUAUACAUAUAUAUAGAUUGACUUUAUGACGAUCCUUUCCAUUUACAUUACAUUAAAUUCAAAUUUUUUGAUAAAGUUUACUCCAUUAUCGAUGGUUUUAAAUGCCGAGUUGCAAAAGAACAAACAUUUUUAUCAAUUUUCAAGUAAUUCGAUAACUGUGAUUGGUGAUUUUAAUAAAAUUUUUUUUUGUUAAAUUACACGUACAUAGAGUCACAAAUUGUUUACGCGUAUUUUGCAAAAAUAAGAACGACCGAGCACUUAAACGAUAGAUAUGCACAAGAAUAAGUUGGAUUUUUAUAACGGCAGCAAGUAUAAAUAUAACUCGUUAAUAAUACAAACGGUACAUGUGCACGAAAUGUGUUCACCAAACAAGAUAAUCAGUAGUUACAAUUCAUACCUGAAACACGUGUCCCUUUUAUCUUUGUCAGGUGUGAUUACACAUAAUCGAUUAAUGCUGAACAUUUUAUGAGUUAAAUGGUCAAGUAAGUGUACUUUGAUUUGAACAAAGAAUGUCUGUCAAUGUAACAAACACGUUCAAAGCACGAUUGAUACAUGUGUGCUGAUGCAUGCGAGUGAAUUAAAAAGUAUACACUUCGAGAUUACAGUUCACGUCAGUCAUUGGUUCUAUAUACAUCUAGUUAUUUGUUAAUUUAACUCGUGUUUUAUAUUUGCCAGUACGAAUUAAAUACGCGAGGGUCUAUUAAAAUAGAUUCAGUAAAGACUUUUAGUGCUACAAAGAUCAAGUGUUUUUAAAUCAAUAGUGGUGUAUUUCAUCCAGCUGUGAUAUAUUUACUCAGAUGACACGCAUUUGCGCGAAUUUUUAAAGGAAUUUAUCAUAUGUAAAAUGCUGCUUUGCUGAUAAAGUUUAUAAAUAGUGCAUUGGAGGUGAUUACCCAUAAGUUGUUGAAAGUUUUUGGCUAUAGAAAUAUUUAUGUAGGAUAUUCAUUUAGUGGAAAAAAUAAGUGAUCUGAUUUGUAAUUAUAUGAAAAAACUAUAGUCGAUUAAUUUAUAUCAAUUUUAUAUCAUAAUCUUCAAUGGAUUGGUACAGGAAAUUAUUUAGUAAAAGAUCCAUUGUUCCUGUGGAUGACGACUUAGAAACUGUUGCUGAGAGAAAACAACGAUGGAGGAGUAUCUAUGCAAUUUACUUUACUAUGUUUUUGAUGUCUCUUGGAUUUAGUAUUAUACUCACAGGAGUAUGGCCAUAUCUUGACAAAUUGGAUAGCAAAGCAGGCAAAGAAUUUAUGGGAUAUGUAGUUGCAGCUAAUCCCUUGGCACAAAUGUUAUUUUCUCCUCUAGUAGGAUGGUGGGGAGAUAAGAGAGGAUCAAUAAGAUUACCUUUGUUAACAACAUUAGCCCUUUUUACAUUUGCAUCAGGAUUAUAUAGUAUUCUUGAAAUUUUACCAGGCGAUCAAAAAAUUUUCAUGAUUGCUGCCAGAUUCUUGGUUGGAGUUAGUUCUGCAAAUAUUGCAGUGGCACGGUCAUACCUUUCUGCAGCUACUAAAGUUGAAGAAAGAACACAUGCAGUUUCUAUGGUAUCUCUUGCUCAGGUACUGGGGUUUGUUGUAGGUCCCGGAUUACAAGCAGCAGUUACACCUCUUGGAGAGAAUGGUUUUUAUUUUCUGAAUUUACCUGUUAAUAUGUAUAGUAUGACUGGUUGGAUAAAUGUUAUAAUGGGAGUUCUUAAUUUUGUUUUGUUUCUUCCAUGGAAUUUCAAGGAACAUAGGAUUGCUUUACGUGAAGCUAUGCAAAAUGAAGGAAAAGCAACAGAAGAAGAAACGUUGAAGUCUGUAAAACCCGAUUACGUAGCAUCUUUGACAUUAAUUUGUGCUUUUUUUGUCUUGGUAUUUAAUUUCGUUCUCCUUGAAACGCUUGGUACUUCUUUAACUAUGGAUCAGUUUGCUUGGUCAAAGAAAGAAUCUUUAUAUUAUAUGGGUUUAUUGAUGAGUAUUGGUGCUAUUGUUUCUUGUAUUACAUUCGUUAUGAUCGAGCCUUUAUGUAAAAGGUUCAACGAACGUAAGGUGAUGCUGUGGGGUGGUUUCUUUUUUAUGAUUAUUGGAAGAAUACUGUGCAUCCCAUGGGGCCCUGAUCCUCCACAAAUUGCCUAUGUGAAAUUGUUUAGUAAUGGUACAAAAGAUACUAAUGCUACAGAAAUAUUAGGAUGUCCCAGUACUCAAGAGUGGUGUUUAUAUACUCCCCAACUCACAGUCACACAAUUUUUUAUUGGAUAUGGUUUUACCACCAUAGGCUAUCCGCUAGGUGUUACUUUAAUACAAACUAUCUUUAGCAAGGUGUUAGGACCGCGGCCACAAGGUGUGUGGAUGGGUUUCAUGACAGGUGCUGGAUGUGCAUCUCGUGGCUUAGGUCCAGUAUUUGUUAGUGUAAUAUAUUCACGUUUUGGAACAUACUAUACUUUUGGUAUUACUGGCGCAAUGUUAGUAGUGUGUAUGUUGUGGCUACAAAUUGUGAACAAGCGUCUAGUCCCUCCUAAAGCAAUUGUUUCAAAAGAUGAAGAAAAACAUGAUGUUGAAAUUCCUUUGGUUCAUUUUAAAUCUAAUAAUGCUCAAGAGUCAAAUGACGCACAAAAAAAUAAUGAAAUCGCAGAAUGUGACGAUGUUCAGCAAUAAUCGCUUCGAAAUACAAUUUUAUAUUAUAUUAUUUUAAAUGUAUCAACAUAUACGACUGUUAUUAGGAACUGGUUACAAAUGCAACGAUGAUAUUACAUCAAAUGCAAGUAUAUUUUUUGUGAAUAUUUACAGAUUUCUUACUCAGAUUUUACAUGUAUAAACAUAUAAACAGACUGUAAAGAAAUAUACGUACAAAUAAUGAAAGAAUACAAUUAGGAUGAUGUAGCUUUUAAGUAAAGGUAGAUAAAUUUCUAUAGAUACAAAUUCGUGCAGUUUUACUGUUAAUCUAUUUUUGUAUUGAAAUCUUAAAGAAGAAUCGACAUCAGAAAAUUUAUUGUUUAAAAAGAAAAAAAUUAGAUUCGUAUUAUGAAUUCAGGAUAUAGUGUUAAAGUAUAUAACAAAUGACUUAAGACAAACAAUAAUAUGGUAGUACAAACAAUUUUGAACUAUUCAUUUACAAUGAAUUAAAUCAUUCAAAAUGUUGUCACAUCCUUUGAAUUUAUAAAAAUACUAAUGUUAAUAAUAAAGACUGAUAUUUAGAUAAAUAUAUUAACAUUAAAUAUUAAAAUAAAAGGUUAAUCAAAUUAGUAAUUUCAAAUGUUUUCUACCAAACAAUUGAACUUUUUUAAUGUACUUACCACGAUCAAAGAUCUUAUACAACUUUUACUUUACAAAGUAUUGUUAAUGAAAUAUCCUUUUUCAAAUAUAUAUGUAUAUAUCUUUUAAAGAAGUUACAUCAUGAAAUAUUAUGUAUGAUGAGGAUUGGGAAUAAAAUAAAGAAAAACGUGGAGAUGUAAAAAAAAUAGAAUUUUAGAUGACUACUCUGCUUUUAUAAGAAUAAAUCUAUAAAAGUAUUUAUUUUAAACAUUAAAUAUAUUUUAGUAAUUACUUUAAAUAAUAAAUGUUAGUUUUUGAAGUUCAUUCAAAGAGGAUUUAUAAAACAUACACAGUUUUAUUA